AUGCGACAUCUAGUAGCUUUUUCAUUAGCUUUACCGCUUGUACACGCCAUAACUGUCCCUUUAUUCACUGCCCCGUAUGCAAAUUUAUCAGACUCGACAAUUCAAGGUUCUGGCAUGGCACGAUACCAAACAACUGCAAGUGGAGGUAAAGAACCAUCUAUGGGAGGUGGUAUAAAGACUUGUUACUUAAUUAAUCUAAGCAUACAAGGAAAAACUUUUAAUGUGGAAGUGGACUCGGGAUCGUCGAAUUUGAUUCUACCUACUACUAAUCUAGCGGGGUUUACAACAUCGUCAUCAGCACCAACAUGGUCCACAACAGGUCAAACACUACUACAGGCCCAAUCCGUGUCGCAAUCGUUUGCGGAAGGCUCCAGCUGGACUGGAUACAUCUAUCAAGACACAGUAACGCUUUAUGGCACUAGCAUAUCAGCUGCGUCACCACUAAUAGCAGUAACAUCCCAAUCCCAAAACCCCAAAGUCAUGGACGGAACUACUGGCUCAACUGGUCUCUUGGGUAUUGCAUACCGUUCCCUAUCCUCAUAUCAACCGUCCUCAGCAACCAGCCCAUCUACCGUAUUUGAAGCGCUCGUCGCUCAAAACCCCGGCACUGUGUCAAACACCAUCGCAUUCCGUGCAUGUCCUUACGUGUAUUCCGGUAGUUCGGCGAUGGAUAUUGGAGGCACAAAUGAUGCAUUGACGUGUUCGUCAUCUGGUGUUGUCGGAUGGGCAAACACGCCAUAUCAGGCAUGGUAUACGAUUCAAGUCUUGGGGAUUGCUGUGAAUGGACAAUUUACUACCUUACCGGCUGCAUUCCAAACCUCUAAUGCUUAUGGACAGUGGAGUAUUGUGGAUACCUGUACAAGUUUAAUCUAUUUGACUACGAAUGCUUGGAAGACACUUGCGCUUGCUGUCUUGUCUAGUAAUGCCAUCCCUGGAUUGUCUGGAUAUGGCAAUGAUCAGACUAACCCAUUUUUCAAUUACCAAAUUGGAAUACGUGCAAGUGCCGGAAGUAGCAUCAACUGGGCUGCUCUGCCUUCCCUAACCAUUGACAUGGUGAUGAAUUCGACAUCCGUUGUCACAGUCACCAUUUUUGGCCACCAAUACAUCCAGCUCGACCCAGUAAAUGGCUACGUCUUCACCGUCCUUCCACAAUCUACCUCCGUCAAUUAUAUCAACUUGGGAGCUUCAUGGUUGAAUUCUGUCUACACCGUUUUCGACCGUGACAAUUCUCGAAUUGGUUUUGCUCCUGGUUGUGGUUGUGAUAAAGCCAAUUCAUCCCAUCCUGCCGCAUUUGUUGGAGUUCGAGCCGUCAGUUCUUUGGCUUAUGAAAAUGGAACUGGAACUUUGCCGUUCUCGUUCUAUUCGAACAAUAAUACCCUGACUCCAAGUGCUGCAUCGCCGCGCUCCUCCGGAAGUCCUAUAGUAUUUCUGGCUUCAUUGAAGGCUGCAAAUGUUGGGUUGAAUCUCACUCGGGCCAAUAUGGACUUCUUCAUAGACAUUUGGUGGAACCCGUCUAUGAAGGGCACAGUUGAAGAACGUGUUCUAGAUAUUCAAAAUCGCAAACGAGAGCUGGCAGCUCCAGCCUUUGGUGACAAGAAGCCCAAAGAGACCAGGGAAUCCCGUCCUGAAGAUCUUCGUCGUCUUCUUGGAGGCGAUGAAGAAGAACGGCCAAUCCUUUAA